AUGAACUUAACUCAAAACAAUAAUUUGAGCAGCACGUCUAAUCUGAACGUAGUAAAUGAGAAGCUUUUGCUGGUGCAGGUACUGGUGGGGAUUCUUCUCUAUGUGAACGGACUGAUGAUUUUCACCUUUCUGAAGAAAGAGACCUUCAGGGAAACACGCUACAUUCUGUUUGCUCAGACUCUUUUUGCUGACUCUGCUCUUAUGCUGUUGACUGAUUUAACCCUCAUGGGGUCAUUUUACCAGUACCCUGUGCAUAUAAUUCCUUGUUAUAUCUUCUGCACACUUACGUCUUUGAUCGCUGUUGUUUCACCUAUGACUCUUGUAGCCAUGUGUUUGGAGCGCUAUGUGGCCAUAUGUAUGCCUUUAAGACAUUCCAGCAUCUCCACCCCUAAAAACACCUUAAUUGGGCUUCUCAUCAUAUGGAGUGUCAGUUUUAUCAUCCCAUUGUUUAUUUUCAUAGUCUGUUUUGUCUAUAUUCCUCCUGGUGUCUUGCAUCUUUAUGUUGUGUGUACAGUGGAGGCCAUGUUACAGAUAAAAUGGCUGGCAGACAUGAGAGCGACGAGUCUGCAGCUCUUAUUCUUCAUAAUGUUGAGUACUAUUGUCUCCACCUACAUCAAGAUUAUGCUGGUGGCCAGAUCUGCCUCCUCAGAGAGGAAAAACUCAACAAAUAAGGGUCUCAAAACUAUAAUUCUCCAUGGUGUUCAGCUGCUUCUGUGUAUGAUGCAGCUUUUAAUCCCUUACAUAGAAAUGCCUUUAUGGAAAGUAAAUGUCAUGCUGUUUGUGAAUGUAAGAUACACAAAUUUCAUUUUGUUUUUGAUCUUGCCUCGUUGUUUGAGUCCCUUAGUUUAUGGAUUACGAGAUGAAAAGUUUUAUAAUGCUCUUAAAUAUUAUGCCUUUUGUGGCAUUUUGGUUUGUAAUAAGCACAAAAUAAGAGAUGGUAAAACCUUCAGAGGUGUAGUAAGCAUUUCCAUACACAAUUAA